AUGCCAGUUAUCAAUUCAAAAGAAAGCAAAAGACUGACCACCAAUAUGUUCAUUCUUGGCCUCACUCAGCCAAGCGAUUGCGUACUUCCAAGAAAGUACAGACACUUCAGUCAGCAGCAGCUUGAUCUUUUCCGUGAACAGCCCAGUCUGGUUAUUCCAGAGCAGCAGCCUCCUCAUGUGGAUAACGACCUGAUUCCAGGUUUGAGCCUGGCGUUUUCUAGAAAUUGUGCAAAUGGUGAUACCCAUGGUCAAGUACGUCUUGUGUCAGAUCGUCUGAUUUCCAGCGAAUUGUCCAGAAGCGACUACGACUCCUCAGAUGAUUCGUUUCACUCCUGUUCUUCAGAAACUCCUACCGAGCCACAAGAGCCACCACAGAGAGAUGACGACGAGGAGCCACCUCGCAAGAUCAGAAAGAAGCUCAACUACAGGGUCGCCAUGAGCCUCUACAACAUCAAGAGAUUCCACGAAGAAGCCAAGAAGAAGUACUUGGCUUUUUUGGAAAGCAAGAGGGAGGAGGGUGUCAAUGCGUCCGAGGAUGUAAAGCCAUCCGAGGAAGAAAAUCAGCCUGAGGAGGAGCAGUGUGAAGAAACAGAAGAGGAGGAAGCCUCUGACGAUCUCUCCUUAGGCCGCUUUCCUUCCAACAAGGCUUCUGAAUAUUUCGAUAAGAGCUCUCCAGUUCAGCCUGUUGAGCUCCCUGAUGACCUCUUUGAAGACGACUUGUUUGAGGGCAACUCCAAUGGAGAAGUCAACGAGGACAUUGAGGAUUCUUCCGAGGACAGUUCCGAGGACAGCUCAGAGGAGGAUUCAGAAACCGAAGAAGACCUUCCAGAACACAUUGCAGCUAUUCGUAGACACCAGCAGACAUACGUGCACUCGAACUACGACCUUACUCGGUUGGACAUCCUCGCAAAGAAUGUCCAGAAACCAGAGGUGUUCAGAAGACUGCCUACGAAAACCCGUUUUUCGGAUGACGAGUCAGACGAGGAAGUUGUCUUUUCUAUUGACUUCGAAGAGGAAGCUCCAAGCGACGUUGUUUCUUGUCCAGGCAACUACUCCAUCAUUUCGCAGCCAUUACUCAAAGCACGCCAGAAGAUGUAUGGGGUCAAGAAGCCCAUUGUCUUUGAGGACCUCGAGCUCAAAAUGCCACAUUCACAUGUGGAGCUUGAAAUCGAGCGUCUUUUCAUCGCCACCGAUUUCGAACACGGAUGCCACACAGACGAGGACUACUACAUUGAGAUCGACAGCUUGAUCACCCGUUACUGUGCUCUCUACCGUGUGGCUGGACUGAGUAUCAACGAGACUGUUGCUCGCUAUUUUGUCCAAAUCAACAACAUCUACCAUGGUAUUCGGGUGGAUAUUGAAGAAAGCACCAAGCUUGUCAAUGGUCUCAUCAAUGUGCUCGAGUGCAAGUAUGCCGAGGACGAAAAAUUCGUUGUCGAUAUCAAGCAGCUCGAAACCCUCGUGACCAAGUACCAGGAGCUCGAGCAAAAAGUCAAGACCCUUCGCCAAGUCGGAAUCGUGGAGCGUUUUGUGGAUAGACACAGCUUCUCACUCAAUAUCCAGCAUCGACUCGAGCAGCUUUUCCAGGAGUUUUGCCGGGUCCACAUGGAGCAGCUCGAAAUCGAAGAUGAGGAAGAAGCCUCUUUUCUUCUCCACAAGCAUGUGUACGACGAGGCGUGCUUGUUGCAGGAUAGCAUGAAGGAGGAGGACUUUUUGGCUGCCUUCGAGGAGUACCGUCUUGAGUUGGAGCGGGCUUCGAGGUACUUUGGUGAUCUUCUUCUUCUCUUUUUGGAGGCCUACGAAUGGAAGAGUCAGCAGGUCAGGGAGCUGUCGCAGUAG